AUGGGGCUAUUACAUAUUUACUUUACUUUAUCACUUUGUGUGGUAUUAAGAUAUCAGUUCGCUGAAUCGAAAUAUAAGCCUCGAAUAUUAGAUAAGGACCUGAGUGACUCACCACAUUUACACGACGAUGAGCACAGUUCAAUUUAUGACCACGAGGCUUUUUUGGGCAAGGAUGAAGCUAAAAGAUUUGAUGACUUGACACCAGAAGAAAGCAAAGAAAAACUGGGUGAAAUUGUUGACAAAAUCGAUCAAAAUGGUGAUGGUCAAAUCACUACAGAAGAAAUGGCUGCUUGGAUUUCCAAAGUAUCUAAAAGAAUGCUUCUUGAUGAUGUUGACCGUACAUGGAAAGAAUAUGGAUUAUCAGAUGGUGACAAGAUGCCAUGGGAAAAGCAUGUCAGUGAGUUAGUUGGAGAAGAUGGUGAACUUGAGGAUGAAGAUGAAGAGACAAAGAAAACAGUUUUGCAGAGAGAUGAGAGACGCUGGAAGAAUGCUGAUGCAGAUGGAGAUGGAAAACUUUCAAAAGAAGAGUUCCUUGCAUUCCUUCAUCCGGAGCAUGAACCAAAGAUGCGAGGUGUCAUCGUUGAGGAAACCAUGGAAGAAGUUGAUAAAAAUCAUGAUGGUUACGUGGAUAUUGAUGAAUACAUAAGAGAUCUGUGGACUCCGAAUACACCGGAUGAACCAGAACCUGAAUGGGUUAAAACGGAAAGAGAGGAAUUUUCCAAGAGGCGAGAUCUUAACGGUGAUGGUAAGCUAGAUGCUGAAGAAGUUGGAAAAUGGAUUGUACCUGAAGAUUUUAAUCAUAUUCAAGCAGAAGUAACUCAUUUGUUCUCUGAAUCAGAUGCUGAUCAGGAUGGUAAACUCAGCAAAAGUGAAAUACUUAAUCGCUAUGAUUUGUUCGUUGGUAGUCAAGCAACUAAUUUUGGAGAAAUUCUAACUAGUCAUGAUGAACUUUAA